UUACCAGUCGAGGAAAAUUUCAAUUUUAUUUCCACUUCCAAAUGAUUAGAUAUAAGAUUCUGAGUGAACGAAGUAGUGAUAGAGUGAUCGAAAAAAACUGAAAGAAAUAAAGUUACCAAAAUAAUAAUAAAAUAAGCAGAAAAAAAAUUAAUCAAAAAAAAAAAAAUAUUUGCUUGGGAUGGCGACAAAAGAUUUAGAAAAAUCUCCAGCCGCCUUUGAUGAGGUAGAUUUUUCAAGUGGCUUCGAUACCCAAUAUGAGCAAGAGUACCGUCCGUUGAAACCAUUGGUGAAGCCGGCAAAUCGCCAAGAUCCUAAAACCUUAUGGUAUCGUGAUCUCAACACCAUAUUUUUGUUAGCCUUCCUAGUGUUUGUAUACAUUACUGGGACGGUGUUGUUAACCAGGCUGGUGUUCACAACAAAUGCUUUGUACAUAUUCCUGAUUAUCCUAAGUUCGGUUUCGUUGGCAAUGGUAGUCAUGCUAACUGAUAUAAAUAGUACACGUAUACGUUAAAGGGUAUAAGUGAAAUAAAAUUAAAACAAAUAAUAAAACCAAUCACCAUUGAUAUAAUGUUGGAAAUGCUCACUUGCGUUACGCAACGGCAAUAAUGAAUCUUACGUUUGUAAAUCUGCUAAAUAUACAAGUGUAUCUUCGACGUGUCAAAAUGAAGUUUGGAAUGGCAUACAGCGAAAGUUGGAUACGUUUGUUUGCGCACAUCUUUUGAUGCAUUCAGCUUUUGUGAAACAUCUACAUACUGAUGACUCCUUAUUACCCAUCUGCGAAGUUGAAACUAUGAAAUAUGUCAUUCUCUCAAUUUGAUAAAUGCAAUUGUUGUUGUUAAGUUUCGCUCGAGCUCAUGUAUAAUUUUAAUGACUAAUAAAUUCAAUUCGAACAAAAAAACCCA